UUCUCACACUCAGUCGCGUCAUCUGAAGGUGGAGGCGCUGUGGAGAGGAAGGGAAGGGACUCUGUGGCGUGGUUUUUAUGGAAAACAGCGGAGGAGAGGAGAACUUAAUAACGUUACCGACUUGCUUCAAAAGGGAACGCGGACCGGAGAGCCUUCGUUUCAGUCCGAGGUGUUAAAAGCGAUGCUGAGCGAACGCAGAAAGGGAUUUGUUGUCACUUUCUGAAUCCACAGCUGUCUGAGUCAGUGAGUGAGCAACUCCUCUUCUCCUCCACUGUGGUAACGUAAACAGCACUGGGCAGGUAGAGCGAAGCCGGAAAAACUCGCAGUGCAGGUUGGCGAGUUUGUGUUUUCCUUCUGCUUUCGACCAGAUGAAUUAAUCGACAGAUUGGCGACAUUUUUCCAGCUCCAGCCAGCGAACUGAAUCAUGACGAACAUGAGGAAAAAGAAGCUGUUCGUCUUGAUCGACGUGUUGUGUGUCGUUGUGGCCUCCCUGCCUUUUGUGAUUAUGAACAUCAUUUACCAGCCGUACCAGCGCGGCAUCCACUGUGACGAUGAGAGCAUUAUGUACCCGCUGAAGUUAGACACCAUCACACAUGGACUGAUGGCUGCUGUUGCCAUUUCCUGCACUGUUGUCAUUUUGUCAUCGGGUGAGGCCUAUCUGGUCUACAGUAAGAAACUCCAGUCUAACUCUGGGUUUAACCAGUACGUGGCUGCACUCUAUAAGGCGGUGGGCACCUUCCUGUUUGGAGCAGCUGUGAGCCAGUCACUCACAGACCUGGCCAAGUUUACCAUCGGACGUCCGCGCCCCAACUUCUUAACAGUCUGCGCCCCCAAAAUCUGCAAAGGCUACAUGUCACAUAUCAACUGCACUGGCAACCCAGCUGAUGUCACAGAGUCCAGGCUGUCCUUCUACUCGGGGCAUUCGUCCUUUGGGAUGUACUGCAUGCUGUUCCUGGCGCUGUACGUGCAGGCUAGGCUGAGGGCCAAAUGGGCCAGACUCCUGCGGCCCACCAUCCAGUUCUUUCUGGUGGCCUUUGCUGUGUAUGUGGGCUACACCAGAGUGUCAGAUUACAAGCAUCACUGGAGCGAUGUUCUCGUUGGGCUCCUCCAAGGGGCGCUAGUUGCUAUACUCGUUGUGCGAUAUGUGUCAGAUUUCUUCAAACGACAUCCUUCAACCCAGUGCUCCAGUCCAGAUACAGUUGAGAGUGAUAUGCUGGAGAGAAAGCACAGCAUUCAGGUGGGAGAUUUGGAGCACAACAACCAUUACAACUACCACAGGCCUGCAUGAGAGACAGUUUGCCCUACCACUCAGACUACAUCUCCCACAACCACUGAAGCGACUGGAGCAACUAGAGCACCACACCUGCUGCAGUGGCGCGCUGGCCUCCCUAAACACAAUCUGCAAUGAUUCUUUCCCUCCUGUGUGUUUUUAUGUGAAAGCAAACUCUCCGAUGUUCAAAAUGCCGUUUUUUUUUUUUCCAUGUUAUUAUUUUAAUAAAAGAUGAGCCUAGGGCCCAGCCAAUAAAUCAGUUGACCGAUAUUGAGGUCCCACGAAUUGUAUCUGCAAAAAUUCCUGCAAUAAGGCACCGAUAUGUGUUGACUUAAUUUAUUUAGUGACCAACAAACACUGCAGAUGUGUAGAAAUACAUUCUGAUUAUAGUUAUAUCUCAAUAUAGUUACAGUUGAAAACCACAAAAACAUGUAAAAUGCAGCCUAAACGUGUAGGAUGAAGAUAAUUUGGAGUAACCCUAAAAAUGUUGAUGAAAAUAAGAAAAAUAAGAGUUAAUUAAUUAGUUAGAAAUCAACAAAACUGCUAAGACUUCUGGCUCCACCCCGUGCUAUAAUUUUUUUUAUUAUUUAAGGCUUCUGUUGUUUGAGUGUCAGAAAUUUGACAGUCAUAUUUGAAAACGUUUACAGUUGAAAGCUGACAGUCAUAUUUACUAAAGCAUUGUUUAACCAGAACCAGUGGAGUCUGUUUCAGUUGAUUUUAUUGCUUAUCCAAAUUUUUAGCUCCUUUUAGUUGAUAUUGUGUCAGUCAAGGAAUGUUCAUACAUGUUGGGCCCCAGAUCAGCUAUUUAGGGACUGAAGAUAAAGUUCUCAACUACGACAGUACAGCAGCUUCAACGCCUUACCUCCUGUUGAGGGUAGCAGCAAACAUUAAUGACUAGUGUACAGUGACUUUUGUACAGUCAUGCUAAUUUCUUCCUUAUUUGAGCUGGAAAUUGCUUUAAGGCAAAGGCUGGAGUUCGGUUUACAUCACCCUUUCAUCCUCAGAUUAGAGUUGGGGGAGACAUAUGUGGGCAUAUCCAGUGGAAAAUGCUGUGCUGUGGUGAAAAACACAUCCCCAGCUGCUCUCAAUAUUCCUGCAGUAAUGGUUGCCAUUCAGAUUGCUGUCAUUAAACUUUAUGUUGGGAACCUUUGUUGCCUGUUGGUGGGCUAUUGAGCUGGACAGUAACAUAUAAAAUUGAUGGCAAAGAUUUGUUCCAUGCAAGAUGAUACCACUACAAGCCCUUUGUGUUGCUAUUCUUUCUCCUCUUUCAUCAUAAUCUACCUUCAUUUGUAAUAAUGCUGGUUUUGCAUUUGUUUUGGACCAACUUGCUUAUUGCUCAUUUGAAUAGCGUUAUCUGGACAAUGUUUGUACCAAACAAAAGCAGUGAUUAGUGUGUAGAUGUCUAUGUUUAGCGUAUCAUUUAGCAUAUCUCUUUCUAAUAAUGCACCAUUUAGGUAAAAGUUCUGUUCUUGAUAUGGCAAUAUGCCACACCUGUUGUCACAUCGUUGGUACUUUUAUUCAUAUUAAAGCUUAAAUGAAAUAUUUUCCAUUAACAAACUUAAUAUAGUCCUGAUAUCCAUGUUCUUUAUAGUUCUGUUCCUUCACUGGCUGUUUGUCUGUAAAAUCAUAUUUGACUUUGUGUCACAUUCUGUUCUGAUGUGAAACGUACUUUUACGUUGAAUUUGCAUGCACGUUUGCUGAUGGAACCAGGAUUUGGUGUUCUGGAUGGUGCUUUGAUUCAAAUUCCUGCAUACCUAUGUGAGCUGUAUACCUUAAGUCAGAUUGAACUCAUGCAGCAUCAAACACUAUCUGCAAAGUUCGCUUGUACUCUAUGAAUAUGAAUAAUGGACAUAUUUAUGCUUGCAUUCAUUUACAUUGCUUUGUUUCACAUGUGCUCAAGUGUAUUUAUGUCCCAAAGAUAACUGGCCAGCCAUAUUUCACUCAGCCUGUGCCUUCGGUUCAGCUUUGCCUAGUUUUCAGCAGUAGCCUUGCCAUGUUUCCAGUAAAGUAGCCAGGCGUCGACCCAAGACUGAGACUGUAUGAGAAUACCUCUUUAUGAGUGGUCAGAUGGGAUUCGACACUGGAAGCGUUCUCCAUCAGCUGCAGCGAGAGAGUCCAGGAAGUCUAACCUGUGUACUGGCACGAUAUCGGACUUUAUCCAGUCAGAAAGAACUGACAUGGAAAUGCAUACUGUCCCUUUGAAUAAGGAUUUCUAAACUGACCUUGACAUGCAGGCCAUGCAUAGAGUAAAUACACAGAGAAGGUUUUGUAUGGAAUGGGUUGAUUUACAAUAAAUAGUUGGUAUGUAUGGAA